UAAGUUAAUUAACUCAACAGUAAUCGAUGCUAAAGAUAUAAAGCUACAUAUGAGAAAUGCCCUGUGCCUGCAGGUGUUCACCGUACCGUCAUCUGAAAUGCAACUGAAGCAGCAGCGGGACAAGCUGAAGCAGUACCAGAAGAGGGUCACCCAGCAGCUGGAGCGGGAGCGCGAGAUCGCCAGGCAGCUCCUGCGGGACGGGAAGAAGGAACGGGCCAAGCUGCUGCUCAAGAAGAAGCGGUACCGGGAGCAGCUUCUGGACAAGACAGAAAACCAAAUCACCAGCCUGGAAACGAUGGUCCAGAGUAUUGAGUUCACCCAGAUUGAAAUGAAGGUGGUCGAAGGGCUGCAGAUUGGAAAUGAGUGUCUGAAAAAGAUGCAUCAGGUGAUGUCCAUAGAAGAAGUGGAGCGGAUACUGGAGGAGACCCAGGAGGCCGUGGAGUACCAGAGGCAAAUAGAUGAGCUAUUGGCAGGAAGCUUCACUCAGGAAGAUGAAGAUGCCAUCCUGGAGGAGCUGAAUGCAAUCACUCAGGAGCAGAUAGAGCUCCCAGAGGUCCCUUCAGAGCCGCUUCCUGAAAGGAAACCAGAGCAAGUCCCCCGCGAGGCCAGGCCCAAGCAGGUGGAACUGGUGGCAGCCUCGUAACUUGGCCUCCUCUUCCAGGACUGGCGGGGACUCCCCAGAGACUGGGGCCCACAGAGUUUGGGUGCGUGGCCAGCCCUGGCCCGGCUCCCAGGAGGCCAGCGCCAGGCCAGGCCGGUCAGGUGCUGACGGAGCAGCGUGGCGCACACAGCGCUCCAUCCCAGGGUGACUGCGGAGGGGCGCUUCCCUGGCGCUGCGGUCUUGCUCUCGUUUCUGGAUUAAAUGGCAACAUUCAGACCCUCUGGCCACACACGGCCUCUGACGCUGUGGCUCCCACGCGGCCACAGGCAGACCCAGUGCUCCUGGUGCUGGCCACACUCCUGUCCCUGGCCCCGUGAGGCUCCACAGCCACCUUCUCCGCAGCUUGCUCUCUUCUUUCGAGGGCGUGUCGAACCCAGCUUCCUUGCCCGCCCUUUGCUCACUUCUUGCUGCUGCCGUCAGCUGGCGGCUUCCGUGAGGGAGUCCCUGCCAUGGCCUGGCUUCCUGACCUGCCCAGUCUCCUUGUCGCUUCAGGGCUGGAAACCAGUCCUCCUCUGUGUCGGUGUUUGGGGGCGUUGGGCCAGCGAGGAGGGGGACCGCCCCUGCUGGCUUGGUGGCUGCGGAGCCCCGACCAGCCCUCAUCACCAGCGGGAGCUCGGCCCCACUGCAAAGGGACGUUCCUGGAGAGCCGGUGGUCUCCCAGGGCUUCCCGGAGGUGCUGACGGGCCCGCUCGGGUGGGUGCGGCCCCCGUUGCCUGGGAAGCUGCUGGGCACCCGGGGCUCUCCGACCGGGCGGACGCUGUGGGGGGUGAUCGCGGCUCUCCAGCUGACGGCUCAUCUUGGUAUUAGACAAUCCCAAUGAUAUCUCCCUCCCAACAAGAACAGAAAGGGGAUCCUCCCAGCCCCCCAACAGGUCAGCCCCAUAUUAAAGUUGAUGCCUGCAUGG